AUGUUACUUCUCCAUGGAGUGCCUGAAUCUAACAAUGAAGAUGUGCCGCAGGUAGUCUCAAAAAUAUUAACGGAAACACUACUAGUGCCUGAUGCUUCAAAAGAUGCACUUAAUCGAUGCCAUAGAAUGGGUAGCACAGCAAAGAAUAAUAAGCCAAGGCCCAUUGUCAUUAAAUUCAUUGAUGUAGCGCUCAGGGAUAGAGUGUGGUUUAAGAAAACAUCUCUUAAAGGAUCAGACAUAACAAUGUCUGAAUUUCUUAUCAAGUCACGUCGUGACCUAUUCUUGGCUGCCAGGGAGCAAUUCGGAAUUUCCAAAUGCUGGACUAGCGGUGGUUCUAUUAGGAUUAUCACUCCUGGUGGUUCGCGUGUACGGGUGGAAACAGAGGCUGAUCUCAAGGAUUUAAUAGAGUCUUCAAAGAAUCAAGCCGCUUCAUCAAGUAAAUAUGAAACGAGAUCUAAAAAACACCCGAAAACCAAAUAA